ACUCAUACAGAGAAAAGAGAAGGGCACACAGAUGAACAGUUUACAGUUGUGCUUAAGUGAGCCGAGGAAACUCUUUAAUUUGGCGGCAACGCAAACAAUAUUGCGAAAAGGGCUGUGAGUUUAAACUUCGGUAAGCAGGAAUCACAAGAGAAACGAAAAGAAAGCUGAUGAGUUUUUGAAAUUCAGUGCACUGAAACUGUCAUAGUGAAGAAUGCAUCAAGAAACGAGCUCGAAGUAUAGUCAUCUUAAGAAAAGAGCAAAGUUCGCAUCAGGGAAAUCUGACAAUUCGUCCAGGGAAAACACUAAAACCCUAGAUUUUAAGGAAAAGGGGUUUCGGGGGGAUGAUAGGAGAGGUCAAAGUAGAAGAGUUAAAACUGAUAGCGUGGGCUCCAAUGUUGAAGAUGAGAGAUAUAAGCGAAGAAGCGAUAGCGAGAGGAAUGGUAGUAUGAAAUCAAAGAAUGAUGAUUAUCGAAGUAAAAGAGUUGAGCGUGAUGGUGGAUUCUCUUUUGACGAUAAAUCACGUAACACAGAUAGUAGGGGAAGAGGCUUGAAAUCAAAUUACAGAGGUCGAAAAGAAGGGGGAGUUGAGAGGAAUGAAACUAAUGGUUUUGCAGGAAGAGAUUUUGACAGGAAGAAGAGGGUUUAUACUAAUAAGUUCACUAAUGGUGAAACCAAGUUUCAUGACAUCGUGAAGGCUCCUGGUAAUAAAAGGGAAUCACAGGAGGAAAGAGGUGAUACAAGAAAAAAUGAUGAACAUGGUGAGAACAGGAAUGGUUUCUUGAGGAAAAAUAGAGGAGCAAAAUACGAAACUAGCAAGCAGACAAGUUUUACAGAGGAUCAUGAAUAUGGAAAGAAGAAACUUCAAAACAAGAAGAACAUGGCUGAUGAUUCAAUGGCAAUGUUUGAUCGACCAAAAAGGAAGAGGCGAUUAAUCCGUAUAGAAUAUCCAAAUGACACUGCAAAUAAGCGGUUUGACAAUACCCCACCUACAAUUGAUAAUACCACAGAGCAAAAGGAAGAUCCAGAAGACACUGAAGAAAAUGCUGAGAUGUCAAAAAAUGCACAGUUUCGUGCCAUACAACUAAGCCCUUCUAUCAUAACAUUUGUGAAUGAAAAUUUAUUGGGGCGUAGGCGUGAACUUGAGUUCAAGAAAGCAGGAUACAAUAUUGAACUUCCUUCCCCUUUAGAUAACAUUCCCUUCUCUACAAACACAGAAAGAGAGAGAAUUGAAGAAUCAGUUUUCAGAAACAAACUUGCAUUCUUUGCUGCUGCAAAAGUUUCUUCAUCUUUCCCAUCUCCUGAUCUUCCAGAAAUUGCAUUUGCAGGUAGGUCAAAUGUUGGGAAAUCAUCUUUGCUAAAUUCACUUACAAGACAAUGGGGUGUUGCAAGAACAUCAGACAAACCUGGCCUCACUCAGACUAUAAACUUUUUCAACCUUGGAUCAAAGCUCUGUUUAGUUGAUCUGCCUGGAUAUGGUUUUGCUUAUGCAAAAGAAGAAGUCAAGGAAUCAUGGGAAGAGCUUGUGAAAGAGUAUGUAACUACCCGUGAAGGCCUAAAAAGAGUAUGCCUUUUAAUCGAUACAAAAUGGGGUAUGAAGGCAAGGGAUCAUGAACUUGUUGAGUUGAUGGAAAGGUCCAAAACGAAAUACCAAAUAGUAUUGACAAAAACGGAUUUAGCAUUUCCUGUUGAUGUGGCUAGACGCGCUACGCAAAUUGAGGAGAGUCUUAAAACAAAGAAAUCUGCUCUUCAGCCCUUGAUGAUGGUUAGCUCAAAAACCGGAGCUGGGAUUAGAAGUUUAAGAACAGUGCUUUCUAAUAUAUCUCGAUUCGCAAGAUUCUAGCAUUAUUUAUUAAAUGUAUUUGUUUUUAUUUCUCAAAGUAUUGCUACAAAUUCAUAAAAUAUUUGAUAGUUGCAUUCAAAUUUGUUACAAAUACUACAAGUAGUGGGGUGUUAGAUUUAUGAUAAGAUUAACACCAUUAAUCUUGAAUUUUGAUGGCUUUAAGUGUUUGAUCUUGAAAGUCAAAAGCUAUGUGUAGUUUGUUUUUUGGUUGGUGAAGCCUCAAAACUACUCCUUCAUUGGUGUUGGACAUC